AUGACACCCAUUCUAGAGGUGGAAUUGUUUGACGUUUGGGGGAUUGACUUUAUGGGGCCAUUUGUGAGCUCCUAUGGACAUAAGUAUAUAUUGGUGGCAGUGGACUAUGUGUCCAAAUGGGUUGAGGCAGUCGCCCUGCCUGAAAAUGAUGGUAAAAGUGUUGCUAGUUUUCUAAAGAAGAACAUAUUCUCAAGGUUUGGCACACCUAGAGCGAUUAUCAACGAUAGAGGCUCACAUUUCUCACAAGGUAGCAACACCAUAUCAUCCGCAAACAAGUGGUCAUGUCGAGGUAUCGAACAGAGGGAUCAAAGAGAUAUUGGCAAAAUAGUGAAUGCCAACGGAACAGAUUGGGCAAGGAAGUUGGAUGAUUCUCUGAGGGCAUAUCAGACAGUUUUCAAGACACCCAUUGGUAUGUCCCUAUAUCAGUUGGUGUUUGCAAAGAUAAAUGAAAUGAAUGAAAUCCGUUUGAGGGAUUAUGAGAGGUUUGCACUGUACAAGAAAAGAAUGAAUUUGUAUAAUGAUAAGCACAUUGAUAAAAGGACCUCUGGUCCUGGUGACUUAGUUCUACUUUUCAACUCCAGGCUUCGUUUAUAUCCUGGGAAACUGAGAUCUAAAUGGUCUGUGUCAUUCAAGGUAACUCAAGUAUUUCAGUCGGGUGCAAUUGAGCUUGAAAAUGACAAUGGUGAGAGGUUCAAAGCCAAUGUUCAGCGAGUCAAAGAAUAUUUGGGAGUCCCGGAGGAGGUGAAAAUAGUUGAGGAAUUCAAGCUUGAUGAAUGUCAUAUUAUGUUGGUAUGUGCAGGAAAAAGUUGGCCAAAAGAUUUGGAAGCUAAAAGUGGGGGAGCUCUUCACGGGCAUCCUCACGGACCGUGGUGCACUUCACGAGCUACACCACGGUCCGUUGAAGUCACCAAAAAUCUUCAGGAAGCCACUGCAAAUGACACCAUAAGGUUCACAGAAGAGUUAGGUACUACGGGGCCACAAAGAAAGAGUGCACCGACACAUACCUCACCACCUCCCCCACUAACUCAAAGUGAGAAUGAUGCAGAAUCUAGUAGCUCGGAGGUCCAGAUAAAUACUGAAGUUGAAGAUCACUCCCCUCGAGCUACUAGAUCACGGACAGCAAGAGCGAUCUUACAGCAUACACCUUCCCAACCUAAAGAGAAACGUAGUGGAUCUGGGAGUGGUGAGAAAUCUGGUAGCGGUUUCAGGAGUGGUAAGGAAUAUGAUAGCGGCUCUCAGUAUAGUGCAGUUGAACCUCAAUCGGAGGGAGGAGUGGAAACCAAAAUGGGAGCAUAG